AUGCGAGGCCUCUCCAUGUCUGUGGAAUUGCUUGAGCACGAAUGGACUUCUCCUGGAUCUUCUGAAAGUCAUCUGUUUUUCCAUAUUUUUUUCCCUAUUUCUCCAGGCUUAUCCAAAUCCCUUGGGCUUAUUGAAGGCUAUGGUGGGCGGGGCAAAGGAGGGCUCCCCUCCACCCUUUCCCCAGCUGAAGAAGAAAAGGCCAAGGGUCCCCAUGAGAAGUAUGGCUACAAUUCCUACCUUAGUGAGAAAAUUUCACUGGAUCGAUCCAUACCAGAUUACCGCCCAACCAAGUGUAAGGAGCUGAAAUACUCCAAGGAUCUGCCCCAGAUUUCCAUCAUAUUUAUCUUUGUGAAUGAGGCCCUGUCAGUGAUCCUGCGGUCUGUCCACAGCGCCGUCAAUCACACGCCAGCUCAUCUGCUGAAAGAGAUUAUCCUGGUGGACGACAAUAGUGAUGAAGAGGAGCUGAAGGUGCCUUUGGAGGAGUAUGUCCAUAAACGGUAUCCGGGGCUGGUGAAGGUGGUACGGAACCAGAGGAGGGAAGGCCUGAUCCGGGCACGGAUCGAAGGCUGGAAGGUGGCCACUGGGCAGAUCACCGGUUUCUUCGAUGCCCACGUGGAGUUUACUGCUGGCUGGGCUGAGCCCGUCCUGUCCAGAAUCCAGGAAAACCGGAAGAGGGUGAUCCUCCCCUCCAUCGACAACAUCAAACAAGACAACUUUGAGGUGCAGCGGUAUGAGAACUCAGCCCACGGCUACAGUUGGGAGCUCUGGUGCAUGUACAUCAGCCCCCCCAAGGACUGGUGGGAUGCCGGGGACCCUUCGCUUCCCAUCAGGACUCCAGCAAUGAUCGGGUGUUCCUUUGUGGUCAACAGGAAAUUCUUUGGAGAAAUAGGCCUCCUGGACCCAGGGAUGGAUGUGUACGGAGGAGAGAAUAUAGAACUUGGAAUCAAGGUGUGGCUCUGUGGCGGCAGUAUGGAGGUCCUGCCCUGUUCCCGAGUGGCCCACAUUGAGAGGAAGAAGAAGCCCUACAACAACAACAUCGGCUUCUACACCAAAAGGAAUGCUCUUCGAGUGGCCGAGGUCUGGAUGGAUGAUUACAAGUCCCAUGUGUACAUUGCCUGGAACCUGCCCCUGGAGAAUCCAGGAAUAGACAUCGGUGAUGUCUCAGAAAGGAGAGCUUUAAGGAAGAGGUUGAAGUGUAAGAAUUUCCAGUGGUACCUGGACCAUGUUUAUCCCGAGAUGCGGAGAUACAAUAACACCAUUGCCUAUGGGGAGCUUCGCAACAACAAGGCUAAAGAUGUUUGUUUGGACCAGGGGCCCCAAGAGAACCACACUGCAAUCCUCUACCCCUGUCAUGGCUGGGGGCCUCAGCUCACCCGCUACACCAGGGAAGGCUUUCUGCACCUGGGCGCUCUGGGAACCACUACCCUCCUGCCGGACACCCGCUGCCUUGUGGACAACUCAAAGAGCCGCUUCCCCCAACUCCUGGACUGUGACAAGGUCAAGAGCAGCCUACACAAACGCUGGAAUUUCAUACAGAAUGGAGCAAUCAUGAAUAAGGGGACAGGCCGCUGCCUUGAAGUUGAGAGCCGGCCCAGCAUCGACCUUAUCCUCCGCAGCUGCACAGGGCAAAGGUGGACAAUUAAGAACUUCAUAAAGUAGACCUCUUGA